GUCAAAAUUUUCAAUAUUUUUGUUGCAAAAAUGUUAUUUUUAAAAACAUUAUCAAAGAUAAUUGCACCACAUUUGUCUCGCUUCCAAAAAACACAGGGUAGAAGCUGUCAUAGCGUAUUUGACUUCAAGGAAUUACUCCAACAUGAAAAACCAGACCAGUUCACAGUGCACCCGUUGACCAGCGAGCACCACCAGAUGGCGCUGGACGCUAUCAAGCGGCACUACCUCAGCGAACACGUGUUGGUGCGCGCACGCAAGAUGGAUCUCAACGACCGAGCGCUGGACGAGUACCUCGUUAGCUUGAUGAAACAGGGUAAUUCACUCUACGCGAAAGCAGAAGACGAUGCUGUGGCAGGGGUGUGCGUCAAUUUUGCCAGCAGCCAGGUCGACCCGAGGAAUUUACGGGUCUACGCUCAAUACAGACAGGAUCCGAACAUCAAGGAUUUCUUAUGCUUCACAGCAAAAUUACAAGAAACGCCUAAUCUCUGGGAAGCUUUCAAGCAAACAAAGAUUUUUGAAAUAAAAAUGUUAACAGUGUUGCCCGAAUACCGAAGACAAGGGCUGGCGGUGACUCUGACUGAGCGGUCGAAAGAGCUGGCAAUCGAUCUAGGAUACAAAGUCAUUCGCAUGGACUGCAUCAACCCUUACGAUUACAAAGUGGCCGAGCGCUGCAUGCUGCAUUGCAUCGUGAAGUUUCCCUUACACAAGCUGCGCGGGCCGCACGCGCCAUACAUAAAACGCAGUUCAGAACUAAACCAAUGCGUGCGAGUGUACGUAGAGGCGCGUGCGCAAAUUGACGCGCCAGAUCAGACCAAACUGGGCAAUAAGCUGGAAUUAGAAAGCCUCAUCGAGUGAUGUGAAAUUGUC